AUGGUUAUGCUUAUACGUGUUACAACGCUUUUUUGCGUUAUAUAUUUUACUAAGGCUACUGUAAAUUUGGGUUCGGGUCUCUGGUACAUACACACAAUUCUCGACUGCAAUGAUGAAUUACCGCGAAUGGUAGGCAACAUGACCAUCGACAAACAUAAAUUGAAUCGUACGCAUGACAUAUAUGACUUGGAAAUGGAUGUAUAUGAAACCGUGGGGAAUACCUAUGGGGUACUAAUCAAUUUUUACAAAAAGACAGACGGCGGUAGCAAGCUAUUUCAAGUGAUGGCAGAUAAUGAUAUAGAUAAAAAGUAUGCUCCUAAUAACGCGAAGGUGGUGUUUGCUAAGGCUGGAAUGGAUCCCCCAGGUUUUCCUGUCCAAGCGGGUUCAUACAAAAUUGAAGACUUCUUCUUUGACCAUUGUGAAUUGCCAGAUAUUGCCAUAUAUGGGGAGUUCACCGUAGAUGCAUUUAUCGUGAAAGAUGACUUACGAGUAGCAUGCUUCAGGGGACACGUUGAAUUCAGGGAGGACGAAGACGAUAUUUGCAAACGAACUUCAUCCAUAGCAGACCAGAUAGGGAAUUUGAAGACGUUCUAUUGA